AUGGACGAAAGUGCCCAAUUUUUCUACCUCAAAUUCCUCCCUCUCUAUGAGAUUGAAAAGCCAUACCACAACUUCACCGAUGGCGCAAGCAAUAUAACAACCGAAAAGCGACCACUGCAACCGGUUUUAGAUAUCCGUGGCAGAGAGCGGGAAUUCACACUCGCUAUCCAUGGAUUCGAAUACCGAACACGAGCUCUACCGGUCGUCAACUGGAAAGAUGAAGAGGAAAUCAAGAAAACAUAUGUUGAUGACCUGAAAGUGUUCGUGCAUGAGUUGGUCCCUGAGACUGUGCAGAGGUGUGAGAUGUUCGAUUUCAGGCGACAGCUACGGAGCGUCGAGGCAAUUCAAAGCAAGAUCCCUAUUCACCCCGGCUUGUGCGGAACUUACAAGCUGUCGCCCGCGCUGUUAGUUCACAUUGGUGAGUCCCUCCUUAUGUCGGGCAAAUGGGGGGGGGGGGGAUGGGAUUACAUGCAUGUGGCAGAUCAAACACCUGAGGGAGUUCUGGAAUGGCUGAAACGGGAACUCGGUCGAGAGGAGACGGCCGAAAUAGUGAAAAAGUACCGGGUGCGUGUGAUAAACAUUUGGCGUCCACUCGUCGACGUUGUGGAAGAUAACCCCUUGGCCAUGUGCGAUGCGCGAACGGUCAAAGCCUCGGACCUUGUCAGCUCAGUUCAUGUCAGUAGCGAUUACACCCGCAGGAAUUAUAUCGUGAAGUAUAGCCCGGACUUCAAGUUCUACUAUCUCUCCAAAAUGAUGAAGGAAGAGGUAUGUGCGUUCAUGGUGUUUGAUUCCUGCGGGGUCGGGGAAGAGCGGAUAAGGACUCCCCCACACUCGGCUUUUUGGCACAGUGAGAAGUGGAGGUCGGAUAAAUAUCCAAGAGAAAGUAUUGAAGUGCGUAUGCUCGUGCUAUCAGCGCUUUAACUGAGGCAGUAGAAAUUGUGGAUACACUAUUGCUCAAUUUCUCUACUGGUGAAGGAUGUGUGAAUGACCAUGGCCGUAUCUCGGUUGAUACACUCUAAAAGUUUAUAUCAAUAUACAA